AUGGUGUUUCUUUUCAUUCCAAUAUUAUUGCUUCUUACUACUAAUUACACACUCGGAGCAUCGAUUGAAAUCGGAUCUACUCAAACAAUCAGCCAGACCGACAAAUGGAAUUAUUUCGAAAUCAAUUCAUCUGGAAAUACACAAAAGUAUCUAACUCCCCUCCUCAUCCUUGAUCGAACGAUUGACUGUAAAAAUUCCUAAAAAUUGGGGAAAUUAACCCCCAUCCUUGAUCAAACGAUUUUCAUAUCAUGCAAAUUUUUAUAUAUAUAAAAUAUAUUAGUUAUUAAAAGCUUGGAUAUGUACCUAAUGAAGUUGUUUUCAGAGCUUUGAGAGACAGAAAGCUGCGGAAUCAACCAUCUGAAGUGAUUUAGCCAUUAACCUAGGCUUGAAAACUCAAUAAUCUAAAAAAUAGAGAUUCUUUAAAAUUUAAAAAAAAAAUAUUAAGGAAUAAAUUAAAAUUUAUACAAUUUAAAAGAGUAACUAAUAAAUCAAAAUAUUAAAAAUUGAUAUUUUAUGAAAUUAAUUCAAUUUUUUGCUUUAAAAAUAAUUAUUAAAUACUCUUAACCCUCUUAUUUAAAAGUAAAUAAAAAAAAUAUAUAUUUAUAUAUUUUAUUUUAUAUAUAAAAUUUUUUUUCCCGAAAACAUUUUUUUUAAACCCCAUCCUUGAUCGAACGAUGGUGAGUCGUUCGAUCAAGGAUGGGGGGUGAGUAAGGAUAUGAAUCCAGAUCACAUCGAAACCAUCGGGCGCUCUCCCUAUUUUAGCAAUCAGCAACGCAUACCCAACUUUCGGAGACUCGAAUACCCCUGUAAAGGCGAAAUAUGCGGAUUAUGAAAGUUAUUAUUCAGGUUUAAAUUACCAAAGUUUAUUUCUCCAGAGCGCUGAUUUGUGAGAUCAGACUUGAAUAGGCGUAUGAAAUGACCAGUCUUCACAAGGAGUGAUGAAAUAUGUCAUUGGAAUUGAUGCUAGUGAUAAUAUUUUGUGUCCCAAAGACUGCAGCAAUAACGGGGAUUGCAUUAGUUUAGGAAAAUGCAAAUGCAAUUCAGGCUUUAUUGGCCCAAGCUGCGAUAUAAAUGCGUAUGAAAUUACAAAGCAGUCACAAAAGAUCGAAAAUACUCAGACAGGACAAGAUUAUGCAUAUAUAAACCUCGAUAACAGUAAAAACUAUACAGUAAGCUCAGGCAACAUUAUUUUUUAUUUUAUUUGGAACAAUUAUCCCGGAAAAGCAAUCCUAAACUUUGACGGAAACACGUAAUUUUUAUAUAGCCUAGCUUCGCUUCCUUCUAACGAAAACCCUAACAAUUACUUGUCGAUCCCAUUAUUAAAGUCAAGUCUCACACAAAAGAGAUCAAUUGACACAAGCGGAAUGGGGAAUCAUUUAUAUUUCUUAUUCAUUAAUAAUAGACAAGAUAGCUCUUAUAUAAGCUACGAUGUUUGGUAUACAGAAGACUCAAGCUCUACAGAUCAGUUGAUUUUGAUUUAUAUUAUUGUCUCAUCGGUAGGAUUUUUAGUUCUUUUGGCUGCUAUUGUUCUUAUUGUGUGGAAAAGAUAUAAAAAAGAAAGGGCGAGGAUUGUGAUGGAAUCGCCGGGGCUAGCGUCAAAUUUAAUCAAUAAAAAUUACCCAGCGAUAAAAUAUCAAGAAAUUAAAAAUAAAAAGGGUCUUGAUACUACUUGUGCUAUAUGUUUUGAAGCUUUUAGGGCAGUUUCUGUUGUUAGGAGGCUUCAUUGCAAACAUUUGUUUCAUGGUACCUGUAUAGAAGAGUGAUUUAAGGCAAAUAGAGUAAGUUUUAUAUAGACUUGCUGUUUAUGCAAAAGAGACUGUUCGGUUCCAGAAGAAUGCGAGCUAAAUACAUCUACAGAUGAAUUGGCGUUUGAAAAGUCUGGUACAAGACCUUUGGCGCUUAGACGAAUAAGUAUUAAUCAAACUCACGAAGAGUUAACUGUUAGAGAUAUUCAGUAG